UAUGUACAAGUGUUGUGCGUUGCUGUGAGAAUAUGUGAACAGUACGAAUUAUUCGCAGGCGUUUUAUGGGGUCUGCCAUGCUGUCAUUGGACACAUGGCCUAGUUAAUGUCUAUCCUGAGCAUUUGUUGGGGGCAGUCAGAGCAAUCACGGACACAUUGUUGUUUUCGGAACUAGCAAGCUUUUCUUGACCUCUUUGCAGGUCGUCGUUUUCCCUUACGUGGACAUGCGGCAGUACUAUAGUUAGGUGCCGUGUUGUGGUAUAAUUUGCUUGAGAGGAUGAAAGGAACCUUUGUGGGCUCUGGUGACGUUUGUGCAUCUGGCGAACUCGGAGCUUUACUGCAUCAAAUCGUAGCACUCUAACAAUUUUGAUUAAUAUUUUUGAAUUUAAGAGAGAGAUAGAUAGAUAGAGAGAGAGAGCCAGAGAGAUUCGCACAGUCGGUGACGUAUGUUUCAGAAACAAUGUAAAUGUAGCGUGAGGGAGCGGUGAAGAGGAGGGAUAUUGUGGGGUGGAGGGUUUUGUUUGGUGUCUUUGGCGGAGUAGGACACAGAGGCGACAUCAUGAAGGUAGAUGGCGAAGGAUUUGAGGUGAUGGGGGAAGAGAAAUCAAGAGAUUGUGCCGUGGAGGUUAUUAAUGUCUGGUCUGGCCCUCGAUCACUCAGUACCAGCCUCAUGUACUCAUUUGCGCAGCGCGAUGACACAGAGGUCCUGGACGAACCGCUUUAUGCUCACUAUUUGCGUCUUAAACCUAAUGUUUGUCACCCUUCACAACAGGAGGUGCUCGAUCAAAUGGAGAAUGAUGGUAACAAGGUUGUGCGAGAAAUAAUCCAUGGGCCUUGUAAAAAGAAGUAUCGUUAUGCUAAGCACAUGGCAAAGCAACGAACCCCUUGCCUGACAAAAGAAGUACUCCGUGGACGCCACGUUCUCCUUAUACGAAACCCUCUGGAAUUUUUGCCCUCUUUUGACAAGGUGCUUCAAGAAGAGAUUCCUGAGUUGGAAAUGGUCCAUCUAGCAUCACUGUAUAUGGAACUCCGUUCUAUGCAUCAAAUACCACCUAUAAUUGAUGCUACGGAUCUAAGGCGCGACCCAGAGGGUAUGCUUCGGAGUCUAUGUUCAGCAAUUGAUAUUCCAUUUCAGUCAUCAAUGCUGAGUUGGAAAGCGGGUCCGAGACCAGAAGAUGGUGUGUGGGCACCCUGGUGGUAUUCAAGUGUUCAUAAGUCAACAGAGUUUGUUUCACCUCCACCAUUUGCAAACAAGCCCUUCCCUAAGAGACUUUACAAAUUACUGGAACAAAAUCAACCCUUCUAUGACUUUUUGAAGCGGGAGGCUAUACUUCCCAUUCCAGCUCCUGCUGCCCCCCCACCACUGCCUUGUUUGGAUAAUAAGGAGCUAUUUGUUUGGGUUAACGGACAGAUACUUCCCCGUAAUUCUGCCAAGGUUUCUGUAUUUGAUUCGAUUGUGCAAGGAGGAGAUGGAGUGUGGGAAGGACUUCGGAUUUAUAAGGGUAAAGUGUUCAAGCUAGAGGAGCAUCUAGACAGGCUUUUUGACUCAGCCAAAGCAAUGGCUUUUGCCAAUAUUCCCAGUCGUGAGGAGGUGAAGCGGGCUGUGUUUGCCACCCUCAUAGCAAAUGACAUGCGUGACAAUGCACAUGUCCGGCUAACACUUACUCGCGGAGAAAAGACUACCUCAGGAAUGAGCCCGGCUUUUAAUGUAUACGGAUGCACUUUAAUUGUACUGUCGGAGUGGAAGCCACCUGUCUACAACAACACAGAUGGCAUACGCCUUAUCACAGCAUCAACUCGUCGCAACUCUCCCAAUAGCUUGGACUCGAAGAUUCACCACAACAAUCUCAUCAACAAUAUAUUAGCCAAGGUGGAAGGCAAUAUAGCCGAUGCAGGAGACGCUUUAAUGCUGGAUUGUGGCGGAUUUGUUGCUGAAACGAAUGCCACCAAUAUUUUUAUGGUGAAGAAAGGACGAGUUUUGACACCGCAUGCUGACUACUGUCUACCAGGCAUCACACGCGCUACAGUAAUUGAUCUUGCUCGCCGAGAAGGGUUUCCUAUGGAGGAGCGCAGAAUUAGCCUUACGGAGUUUCACACAGCCGAUGAGGUGUGGACAACUGGUACGAUGGGAGAGCUGACACCUGUUACUGAGAUCGAUGGUCGGCAAAUUGGAGAUGGCAAAGUGGGCCCUGUAACAAAAUAUCUUCAAGCUGCUUACUCUAAGCUGGCAGAAUCUGAAGGUGAAAUCAUCCCUUUUCGAUGAGAGUCAACCUUCUUAAGUUCAUCUGCAACGUACUUGGAGUCAUUUUAGUCAGGUUUAUGUUUAAAUUGGUCAUGCUAGAUCAAAUUCAAUUUCUUAAAACAGUGAAUACAAGUUGAAAAAAGGCCUUGUAUGGAGUUAAAUGCAUGCAUUCUUGGGAUCAGUGAUCGUUUAGUUGUAGCGCGGCAUUUUCGCGUUGCCAUAGUCCUUACUAGUUCAAUUUCUGGAUGCAUGGUUUGUAGUUUCUGCAAGGUAUAGCUGUGACUGUGUUAUUCAAUUAGCUUCAACAUCACGCUCAAGCCGUUUUGGGUGAAUAUUGAUCAACAUUUGAAAGGACUCUCACUUGGUUUUCAUCUUGAAAACCAUGGGAUUUCGUUUUGCUGGUUGAAAGAUGUAAUCACAGCUAUGAUUUGGGAAGUGUGUAGCCAUAAAUGUCUUCAAUAUUCAUGCAAUUCAGAACUCAUGUUUUACUUCGCAGUU